AUGGCAGAAGCCGCAGCAUCAGAGACCCCGCCAUGGUGGGCGGCCUUUCCCGCUCCCAAGGCCAAGUCACCGGAAAUCGAGGCAGACGAGCUGAUGGGUUUGCUUGAGGCUCAGGCUGCAGCUGGCAAUAAUACACCUCGAGACUUUCUGCUCGUUGAUGUGCGCCGGGACGACUUUGAAGGCGGCACCAUCUCAACGUCCAUCAACUUUCCCGCCCAGUCCCUCUAUCAGACAAGACCAAUCAUUCAUCAGCUGUGCAAGCAAGCUGGAAGCAGCAAUGGUCGUGGCCCUCGGUCGGCGAAUUGGCUACAGGACUAUUUCGACGAGCUUGGCGAAACUGCCGUGCAGGCCGUCAUCCUCAAAGGCGGCAUCAAGGGCUGGGUUCGUAGGUACGGCGGUCGCAUGAUGGACUGGUAUGACGAAAAGGCCUGGGCCAGUCUCGACAAGUAA